GAACUUUCCCUUUCUCCUAAUGUGGGCUGCACCUGCAGGGAGGCUGCUUCACAUGAACCUGCUGUUCCAGAUGUUGACCUGCAGACUUCCAUGAGGUCAGAACCACAACCACCUGCUGACAGCCAAUCACGUAACACGCUUACUAACUUUGAAAAGAAGUAAACCUGCACCGGUGUGGUCUGUCGCUCCCUCAGGGUUUCUGAAAAUGCCGAGGAUUAAAAAACAACAACAACAAAGCAGUGCCAAAAACUCUGAGGCCUGUACACUGUUAAUCAAACAUAUUAUUUCUUACUGCCUCACAGAACUUUUAUGUGGGAAUACUACUUUAUUUUAAUUAAUACUUUAUUUUAAGGAAAAUUACAGUUUCCUUUAAAACACAUUAUUUAACAUAAUUUUGGUUUAGUCUUGCAGCAAAUGAGCUGAACAUGAAAUAAAACAGUCCAGACUUCAGAAUAAUCACUAUCAAUUUCCUAUCGGCUGAAGAAGUUCAAAAUCUUAAUAAAUAAUAAUCAAGUAUGUAGAUGGAAGUAGGUGUAAAGUUAUUAUGGCAGCUGUGGCAUAAACCACCUAAUCCAUUUGUUAAGCACUGUGAAUAAAUAAAUAAUUGCUGUAUUAAAAAUGUAACGUUGGUGGAUACGAAGUUAACAUCUUGUAAAUAAAAUGCAAUCAGUGUUCAAACUAGCACUGAAUGAAACGUGCAGUCAUCCACAGCUAGCUGUCAGCUAGCUGACUAACGGCAUCCAUGUUAGGUCGUUAUCUUUGCUUUGUGCCACCAAAUGAUGAUUGGCCCACAUUAGCAUUUAGGAUUAUGUUACGUACGGAGGAAAUAUGGCAUGCUAGCAAGUAGCAUUCCUUUAGUUUCUAUUCACACAGACAUAAUUUUGUUAGCAAUUAUGUUAGCAAGCAAGCUGAGGCUGAAGAGAAGCUAGCUAUAACGUAGCUAAACUGCAUAAAUCUGGUGAUGGUUAGCGUGUAACACUACUAAGUUAAAAGAUUAGCCCAAGGAGCUUGGAUGAAUUAGCCAACCUUAUCUAAAACAGGACUUUUUCCUACGUGAGAUAGUUUGUCCGCAUUAACAGGAACGUUAGUGAUAGCUAAGACUGUUCCGCUUCUGAAACUAACUAAUGAGAUCUCCAUAAAUCCACUGAACAUCACUUUAUUUAAUUUAGCUUACUUGAUACCCAACAUAGCAGCUAGCAGGCUGACCUUAGCUUGCUCUCCAUCGCUGUCUGUGUGAAUGCACAUCAGUUCAUAGUGUUGUCCUCUUGUGGAGUCUGUGCUGUUGGUGAUGUUUGCGAUCACUGGAUUGCAUUUUAAAGCUAACGUUAGCAGUGUUGCUCACUGUUGUAAGGCCUUUGGGAGCACAAACACUGCAUUCUUUGCAUUCUUCACAUAAACACAGAAACACACACAAUUAAAAUAUUAAAGUUGAAUAAGUGACUGAGUUUGAGCAUUUCAGGCCCUUUGGUCAUGUUUGGACGAGUGGACGUGAGUCUGCUCAGACGGUAAACAAAGUUCAGCUGAUUGGUCCCAGAUGUUGACAUGAGUUUGCAGCUGCAGCACGGAGGCUUCCUCUGGGACCAGAGCAGAAACACAACCCUGAAUGUUCACAUGCGAGCUCCCGCUCUCACUGCCGAUGUGGAGGAGCUUUAACUCGUCGGGGUGAACGCCGGCCGGGGCAGAGGUGCUCUGGAGGAGUCUGGAGUCCCACUCUUCAGACCUGGAAGCUACGUCUUAACCCUUGUCUGAUCCUGGCAGUGCUGCUUCACGUGACACGUUUAGGGCUCAUCUGUAGCUGGACACACAUGACCUGUCCAAACAGGCUCUGCACAGUGAGGACGAUGCAGAGCAGCGAGCCAGAGGAGGCUCCACGCCGAGGAGACCCCGACCCGCUCAGACUCGAACCGGCGCUCUGAGGGAUGGACGGCUGCUCGCUGACACACUAGCUGUUCUCUGAUUGGCUGAUCCCUGACACCUGCAUCAAGAUGGCUCACCUGUUCCUCGCCAGCAAGAUCACAAUGCCCGAUGACCUCCACGGCAAAGGCGGUGGUGGCAGGGUUCCCCGGAGCGCCAUGAAGGUGCCGCCGUCCAUCUCCGCCGAGAAGCUGAGCCGGGACAAGCCCAGGAGGGAUCGUAGGGUCGUCGUGACGACGCACGUCCCGCACGUUAACGAAGUCCAGCUUACAGCGGCGACGGGUGGCGCCGAGAUGUCCUGCUACCGCUGCACCAUCCCGUUCGGCGUGGUGGUCCUCAUCGCCGGCAUCGUGGUGACGGCGGUGGCCUACACCUUCAACUCCCACGGGUCCACCAUCACGGUGCUGGGACUGGUGCUGCUGUCUGUCGGGCUGGGGCUGCUGGGCGCCAGCGCCAUCUGCUGGAAGGUCCGACAGAAGAAGAAGAAGGACAAGCGACGGGAGAGCCAGACCGCCCUCAUGGCGAGCCACGGGUACUGCGUGGUCUGAGCUCAGACCGCUGAAGCGAAUAACAACACAAACUAACAGGAAGUGAGACGCUUUACAAACUGCAGAGACCUCGCUGUGCCGUUUCCUCCUGCAGCUGACGCGAGGACGACCGCAGAUGUUAAAGUGAGACGAGCAGAGCGAAGGACGCGUCUCGGACAAAAUAAUAAUAAUGAUGGAGACGCCUUCAUCAGCUGGAGCUGUUGGAUGAGGAAAAGCUUGCUUUAGUGCUGACACAAAGAGAUAAAUAACAAAAUAACACGUCAUUAAUUUCACAAAUAUGUUGAUAAUCCAAUAAUUUUGUUCAUUUUUCAAGCAAAAAUUCAGAAUAUUUUCAGGUCCCAGCUCCUCAAAUCUGCCCGAUUUCUCUGAUUUAUCUAUCGUUGAGGUUGUGGAGUACCAACAUGUGAACCUCCAAACACCCACCCUGCACUGGGGGCCCAUCUCGGUGUUAGGAUUAGAGGAGCUCUGAGCCCGGACAGGCGACCCGGUGGGUGCUCAGAGGUCUGGGUAACAAAAUCAAAGCCCCUCAGGUCCUCUUCCUUAUUGUUGGAGCAGGUAAAUGGAUUCGAUCUAAUUAUUGCCAAAACAUCAGUUUUCUCAAAGACACAACUUAGCAGGUUUGUAGUUUCCACACAGGACACGUUAGGAUUACUGCUGAUGCUUUUAUUCUGAAAGUACCUGCAGCUGUUUUAAUAACAUGAACCUUUAAAUGUUCGGCUUCAAAAAAAUAAGAAGAAUUGAUUCAUUAAAAGCCGCCGAUCAGAUGUUUGGAUAAUAUCAGUGUUUAGCUGACAGCUUCGUAAAACUCUCAUUUAUGAUGCACAGUAUGUAACUAAAGCUGCUAAUAAGCUAUAAAAGACAUUUAAAGGUACUCUAACGUAGAAGUUUCUCUGAGUUUGUAUCUCUCAUCGGUCUAAUUUGUGGCCUCCAUCCGUUUCCCCGGGACACACAGAGCAUUCCUCUCGGUGGAGAUUUCAUCCUUGGUUUGAUGUUUGUGGGUGAGACUGGAGAUGUGUUUCCCUCUGAUGUUGGGUUCAGACUACGGGGGGGUCGGAUUAGACGGUUUUGCGUCACACUGGGUCAUUAGCAUGUCACGAACAUAAACAUAGCUGCUCGCUGUGUUUCACAACCUGAUAAAAGUGUCUGCACACGAGGACCGAGGGACCAACACAAACGUAACCAUGUGCCGUGGCGUGCACGGCAGAGCUCUCAGACCGCCAAGGUCGACUUAUCUGUGUUUCCGUCUGAAUCUGAAAACCCAUUAAAAACCAACGAGGCGACUCAGGGCGGAGUCUUAACGAGAUUAAUGACUGACGUGAGCAGAUCACUAUCCCAAAGUCAAACCGGACUCCAUGAUGUUCUCCCUACGAACAGCGUGAAGAAAAACGACCUCCUCGCCAAUUUAUCCCGUAAGAAGUUUAUGUCAGAUUUUGUCGUAAUUAUCCCAGGAAUUCUUCAGUUAUGGCCGUAACAGCGAGUUGGACCUUUAUCGCUAAAUUUAUUAAGCGUUAACAAUUCCCAUCCAAUCCUGCGUUAUCAUGUUCAUAAUAAUGAAACACAUGGACUACCUGAAAGAAUCCGCCUCCAGGCCUCACCUGUCGCCGCCUUUAUCGUUUUACAUGAGUGGCGCCUUCUUGGAGGUGAAACUCGGUGGGGUUCCCUCUGUGGAAGUGGAGGAGACGAGAUCCUCAGAGAAAGAGCUCCGCCUGGCUCGUCCGAGUGUUUCCCACUUCAUCCACAGUGUGGAAUCGUUGUGUGUGUCAUAAACCAUCAAAUCUUCAGCGCUUCGCGUCUCUGCGUUGGGGCUGAUGUCGCUCAUAUCGUGGAGUCUGAACCCAACACGGUGUCCUGACUGAGCGACGUGCAGUGCUGAGGUCACAAAUAGACCGAUUCCUGACAUGCAUGCUACUCUGUGUGUUUAGUGCACUAUGAUGCAGAUGUAUCCACUGUAUUAAAGCUGUUUAGCUCCUAUUUAUUCUGUUGGUGGACGUGUUCGUGUAAAAUAUUUGUUCUAUUAAAGUCAGCCAAACCACA